AUGAUAGGCAUAGCAGAGUUGCUGGACCAGCAGAGGCUUCAAGAGGCCAAGGUGCCCGAGGCCUCUGAGAAGGUCACCGUGGUCACCCAGAAGCCGGCAAAGCCAGCAGAUCGCCGUGCGCUGGGGCCUCUGCAUGAGCCGGUGGAGCCGGUGGAGCCUGCGGAGCCUGCGGAGUUGGGCGACUUGGGCCACUUGUGCCACUUGGGGGCCAGCUCACCCGACCUUUCAAGAGCCUUGUCCAAAGAAAGACGCAAAGAUCUGGCACUGUCGCCUUCCCACCGCAGGACGCUGCACUCGAUGCAUGCGCAGGCCGCGCAGGUCUCAAGGCAGACUCUCUCGCAAGCGCCAAAACCUGCACCCAAAGCUGCAGCCAGUGCCAGGAUGUCGCCAACGCGCUUUGCGUGUGGAUCGGCUGUGGUGCCCGUUGCCAGGGCAACACUAGCCACGCCAUUGGCUGGUGGCGCCAGGGCAGCACCAGCCCCACCGUUGGCCCUGGUCUCCCCAAUCCUGGGAAACAGGAGUCUGGAGUCGACUUCCGAUAGGCCCUCAGAAGUGGCGAGGGCGUCCCUCGUUGCGGCUUUUCUGUCGCCUCCUUGUGCCUACAGGAACACACUGGCAGAUCUGCCGAAGCGUGUGCACAGGCCCACCCCGUUGCCCAACGAUGUCGGAGCAUAUUCUUGGCAGCCUGGAAUUGCUGAGGGCUUUGGGGACAUUGUGAGACUGGCGGACGAACCUGCGCGAGAUCCGUUCAGCACUGCCAGGGAGCAGCAGCCCAGUUCGCCGCUGGUGACCAAAGGGAGGGCUCCGCCGCAGCCCAGCCUGGGGUGCUCUAUUGCAAUGCCAUUGCUAUGCCGUCCAGUGCCGUGCGCAUCUGUGCGCAUCUGUGUGCAUCGGUGCGCUCUACUCCUUCGCCCCAUAUCGAUCGCUAUCUCCCUCCCUCUCUCUCUCUCUCUCGCUGUCUCUCUUUCUCUCUCUCUCUCCCUCGCUUUCUUGCGCCCGAGAGGCAUGAGUUGA